AUGACAGGGUUUGUUUCAUUGAGGGGCAAAGGUCGGCCGGUCACCGGCGACCUCAUUUUUCCAGCGACACAAUUUUCCGGCCACCCCAUUUUUCCGAAAACCCGCCGGCGGCCGCCGACGGCAUCCAGUCCGGCUACCCUCAUCUUGUUUUUUCGGCAACCCUUUUUGCCGGCGACCCCAUUUUUUCGGCUCCUCACUACGGUCAGCCCGCAGUUCGAGCCUCCACGGCUGUUCAAGGACGGCCCAACGAUUCCAGCCUGGCGCCUCAGUCCGGCGACUCCGGUUUUUCCGGCAGAAAGCUUAAGCUCCGACCAUUUUCCGACAGUCAUGGCCAACUUCAUCUUCUCUAGUUUUCACGGCAGCAAGAAGCUUCUGAAGCUCUUUCAAUGUCCCAGGAAUCUCCAGGUGGUCAGAAGUAGCGUCCAGGAUUUGGUUGGACUUGGCUUCGAGGAGGCCGGCUGUGGCAGACGUACGCGGAGCUCCAGCCAUUUUUUGGCGGCCAACUCGACGGUUGGCGACUUCUUGGUGAUCAUGACGACGGCCGAACGAUUUUCUGAUAUUCAGGACGUCGGAGAGGUGGCCUAUUGUGGAGCACCGGUCAAGCAGAGCUCAUGGAUGAAGAUGACGGGGAGGUCUGCUAGCGUUGGUGUUGAUGGAAGAAGAUGA